CAUUGCUUAGGCCAAUGUUUACCAGACCACUCACUAUUUUUUCCUUCAGUCUUAUAGUUUCAAGUCUCUAUCCUUUGAUAGGAGAAUUUGGUGCAUUUACAUUUAAAGUAAUUAUUGAUAGGUAUGUGGUUAUUGCUAUUUUGUUAACUGAUCCAGGCUGUACUUGUAGUUCAUCUCUGUUCCUUUCUUCUUCUCUUCUAAGAGUUCAUUGUUACCUAUUAUUUCCCUAAUAUCCUGCACAGUACCUGAUACAUGGAACAUAUUGGUAACUACCUGAGCAGGAAAGGGAGAGAAGGUGAAGAGGAAAGGAAAGGAGAAGGAGGUAAAGGAAAGAGAGGGAGGAGCAAAGAAGAGAGGAAGGGACCUAGUAAGGUAGAAUGUUGCUGGUAAUUCUUCCAAGACCUGAAUUCACAGAUGCUGCUCAGUCCCCCAUGAAGUCUCCCCAGCACUGUCCCUCCUCUCGUGAAUAGGUCCCUACCUCAAUCUGCAAUGAAAAAUGUCCUGUGGGAACCAGGAAGUCAAUCACAUCUGAGAAGUCAAACUGCUGCUACAGUUGCAUUGCCUGCCCCAAAGGAGAGAUGACCAUGACACCAGAUGGUGCUGCAUGUGAGAGGCGCCCUGAGGACGAGUGGCCUGAUAUGGAGAAGAGUCGGUGUAUGCCCAAAAUGCUUGACUUCGUCUCCUACCAUGAGCCCCUCAGCGCAGUGUUGGCUGUCUGCACAGCCCUGCUCUUCCUCCUUGCCCUGGCCAUCUUAGGCAUCUUCAUCCGGCACCACCGCACCCCCAUCAUCCAAGCCAGUAACCACCAGCUCAGCUAUCUUUUGUUGUCCUCCUUGGUCUGCUGUUUCCUCGGCCCCUUCCUGUUCAUUGGGCACCGAGGGCCCUUCACGUGUGCUGUGUGCCAGGCAGCUUUUGGGGUCACCUUCACAACCUGUGUGUCCACUGUACUGGCCAAGCCCGUCGUGGUCCUGGCAGUCUUCCACACCACCUGGCCAGAUACCCAGAUUGGGAGGGUGGCGUGGCCACUUCUCCCUAGCACCAUCCCCAUUGUCUGUUCCCUGGUCCAGACAAACUUGUGUGCACUCUGGGUGAUCCGAUGGCCCCCACGGCCUGUGAGCUCUACGGAGCCUGGGACCAUGAUGAUGGUAAAGUGUGGUGAGGGCUCCUUGGAACUGUUCUAUGCCAUGCUGGGUUACUUGGGUUUGCUAGGAUUGCUCAGCUUGCUGGUGACCUUCCGCGCCUGCCGGCUACCUGACCCCUUCAACGAAGCAAAGCGUUUCACUCUCAGCAUGUGCGUGUGCUCCUGUGUCUGGGCGUCCUUCAUCCCUGCCCACAUGAGCACCCAAGGCAAAGACACGGUGGCCGUGGAGGUCUUUGCCAUCUUAGCAUCAGCAGCAGGUCUCGUGUCAUGCCUCUUCUUUCCCAAACGCUACAUCAUCCUUCUCCAUCCUGAGAAGAACCCAAAAGAGAAAAUGCUUGGCAGGUGUCAUCUCAGAUAGGAAGGUCAAAAAGUGGACCAUGGGGAGUGCUGUGUUCCCAGGGAUGCCCUCUUUGGACUGGCCACCAGGAAAACACUCCCUGUCACCCUGGUCCAGACCCCUCCUUGUCGCUUAGUGGCUUCUAUAUUGUAUUUCAUUCUGUCAGAGGAACAUGAGACGUGUUUGCAGUAACGUUGUCCUGGAUGGAAGCAUCUAGUGUAAUUCAUCCUGUGGCCACUCAGCAACCAGCCGAUGUGUGGUAUGGAGAGGAGACAUAGCUGUUUGGUGAAUGAAUAAGUCAAUGCAUGCAAAGCUAGCAUUGGUAGAGAUCUUGCAGAGGAGAGUGGCUCAAUAGAGUCAAAGAACCCUGGCUCAAAUCCUCCUAGCUUCUCCAUGUUGUACCUGUGUGAACCUUGGGAUGUGGCUUAACCUCUCCGAGACUCCGAUUCCACUGAUGUAAAAUGAGACUAAGCCUCCCUCUCUGGGCUGAUAUGAUGAAGUGAGAAAAUGUAUAGGAAUGCCCAGCACAUAUUUAACACUCAAAGGUAGGUAUUCAAAGUCAUCCAUCCACCCUGUCCUUUCACAAGAAGAGACCCAGGUACCCAGGGCAUCGUUGUGCAGAUGUUAGAUGAGUAAGUUUAAAGUCCUGGUUCUCCAUUUACUCAGCUGUGUGACUUUGGUCAAGUUACAUUACUUCUCGGUACCUCAGUUUCCUUAUAUGCAAAGGAAGAUAACAGCACCAAUUCUGUGGGGUUAUCAGCGAGGAGUAAAUGAAUUACUAUUUAUAAAGCAUUUAGAACAGUACCUGGCACAUAGUAAGAACUAAACAAGUAUCUGUUAGAUAGCUCAAUAAAAUUAUACGUAGUGACACGCCUGGAUGUCUUGACUCUUUGCUAAAUAACUAAAGCUUUUACGAGACCCUUGCUCCAAGCUAGGUCCUGAGGGGGACCUCCAGGAAGGCUAAAAUACAGCCCUUGCAAAGCUUAUGG